AUUUUAAAGUUACUUACAAAAAAAGACAGAAAUAUGUCUCACUACACAAGUAGUUUUCUACUACACAGCUUUUAUGUCAAGGCCACUGUGGCGUAUACGUACCUAACUCUUAAACAUUUAAGUACUAUUGAAUUUAUAGCGCUGAUUAACUAAUCUGAACAAUUGACUUUUGAUGAUCAUUUGUUGAGGGUUCAUCUUCGGUCUGCGAGUCUGUGAAAUUUUGUUGCCCUUUAAUUACAAAUCUAAUUCCGAAGUGCUGAAAAAUAAAAUCUAAAGAUUUCUAUAUAACCUAAACAUCUGAUCUCGCAGUUCCUUUCAAAUUUCCACUUUUGGAUUUGGAGUUAAAAUGCAAUAAACUUUAUUACAUCACAGAUCGAAGAGCCAGACUGCAAUUUUUUUGGGGGUUAUCAACCGGCGAUAAAACUAAAAACUCUUUUAUAACUCUCAAUUUGUGGCUCUUUUAAGUUUCAUAUUUUUUAUAAUUUGUAGGCAUAUCUUUUAUUUUUUUAAUUUUACAAUAUGUAUUAAAAAAUGUUUAAAUCAAAUGUAUUGCCUUUAUUAGAAUUCUGUUAAUAUUAGUCAUUAAGCCUCUAGAAACUCAAAACACUACAAAAUAGGUGUGAGCUAUUACAGAAAAUCCUACUAAAUUAUAUACACAUGAAGCACAAACGGACGAUUCAGCUGUGAUAUUUAACUAUCAUGAGAAGGGCCAUCAAUUACUUAAUCAAGGAUUCAUUCUAACUACCAUUGAAGAGUGACUGUAAUUUGACAAUCCUAUAUUUAGAAUCGAUUUCUAUUUAAAUUUUAUGAAGGUAUUCCUAUAAUUUCAAAAAGAUGUUCUCUUUUUAUAUCCUGGAAACAAACAAAAACUUCUAUCAUUAAUGAUCCAACUUUACUUUGAAUAACAUGGCAGUUUUCGUUGCACAUGAAUAUUUAGUGUUUAAAAAAUUUGGUCGUUUUCGACGUGCAUUUUCGAAAACUUUUAAAGAAUUUUGUGAAAUCAGUAGUAUUCAUGGAAUUAAAUAUUUUCAUGAUAAAGAAACGAAUUUUUUUGGAAAAUUCAUAUGGGUGAUCAUUGUUGUUACAAUGUUCUUCUGUGCUAAUGCAAUGGUCGUCGUAUUCUACAGAGAAUUUUCAAGCAAUCCAAUAAGAAUGAACAUCGAAAGCGAUCAUACUCCAUUGACAAAUUUAAUGUUUCCAGCUGUGACGAUUUGUCCUUCAACUAUGUACAAUUUGCCAGCAGUUGAAAAAAUAUUUCAAAAUUUAACUCUUCCGAAAAAUGUUAGUUUUGAUGAAGCAAUUCAAGCUCUUGAUCAGCUUUAUGUUAUAGUCGGAAAAGUGAGAAUCUUCGAUGAAAGAAAACUCAAAAUUCUUCAAGACAUGGCCACUGGCAAUAAUUUGACAACACCAACAUUUUUAGAACUCAUCCGAUGGAAUUGUUCAGAUCUUCUCUAUCGUUGUCGAUUCCAAUCGAAAAUUAUGCCAUGUUCUCAAUUGUUUAAUCCUGCAAGAACUUUUAACGGAUUUUGCUGUUCAUUUAAUUUCAAGACCUCUGGGAUACCAUUUCAAAAUUACCGUGCUAGAACCUUUGGGCCAGCAGGUGGAAUGACAGUAAUUUUAAAAAACACCAAACCAAAUCAACAGAGACUUGAUCAAUUUCUAUCAUCGGAAAAUGAACUUUUUGUCCAUCAAAACCAAGACUUCCCGCAUCGCACAUCAACAUCAAAUUCGAUUCCAGAAAAUCGAGAGAUCUACGCUAUGAUUCGACCAACUGAAAUAUUGUGUUCGGAAGAUUUUAAAGCUCUUUCUGUUGAAGAUCGACAAUGUCUUCUAAAUCAUGAGCAUAGUAUGCGUUAUUUUUCGGUCUACAACAGCGAUAAUUGUGAAUUUGAGUGUCGUGUCGCGACAACUUUUGAAUCUUGUAAAUGUGUUAAUUACUUGUAUCAUACGAAAAGGGUAAAAGUACCAGUUUGUAAUUUUACAAAUGUACCGUGCUUGUAUAAGACUUACAGUUAUUUUGGUAUUUAUAAUGAUAAAGAGGCCACAGUUGAUAGGAAUCAAACAAUAAAAACUACUAGCGCUUGCUAUUGCCCCAAUAGUUGUGAAAAUGUCGAAUAUGAUAUCAAGAUUACACAAGCCCGAUUGCAGACUGCCAUUGAAUCGUUUGAUCCAUUUUACCAUGGCAUACAAGAAAACUUUACAGUUCUACACGUUUUUAUGAACUCACAAGUGUACCGGAGAUUACGCAGAGACACUCUUUCAGACAUUGUUGAUUUAAUAAGUAACCUAGGUAGUUCUUUUAGCUUGUUUGUGGGAAUGAGUAUGAUAUCUUUGCUGGAAAUUUUGUACUUUUUCACUUUGGUACUAUUGCAGAAUUAUGUUAGAGAAACUAAUGAUUAUUAAUUAUGUUGAUAGCUUUAAAACAUUUCAACACUUAAAAAUGAAUU